AUGGAUGACUCUCCUCUGGCCUGCACAUUUGAUCGGCCAGAUAGGCCAAUUUGCUAUUGGAAGGAGGAUCCCCGUGACUCUGGCGCAGUCUGGCGAGUUGGUCCACCGGACUCUCUUUUGCCGACAAACUUUUCCCGAUCUAUGAACUCGGCUAUCUGUUUGAGGCAGGUAUCGUCUUUGGCCCCGUCCACAAUAUCUCGAAAAUGGCGUAUAUCAUCCAACAGCCUGUCAUCGGCUAACAAUAUUCCUAUGUCGGCUCGUCUCUGGAGCCCAACAAUAGCAGUGGCCACCCUGAAUAGUGGUUUUUCUGAAUCUUGGAAGGAAGAAAAUCAGCUAAGUUCUGCUUUAUCUCAUCUCGAGAAUGCCGACUCUGUUAUCCUCUGUCUCAAAUUCGCCUAUCGCAUCACCCUUGGUCAGCCUACUCGACGUGUCUCCCCGGACACUCAACUUCCACCGAAGCCAAUUUCUCAGCUUUUGUCUGUUCUUAAGCACUCCUCUGGCUUCGGACCUUUGGUUGGAUACAGAUUGUUUGUUUACCAUCUGGACAUCUUUCACAUGAACCAAUCCCAUUGGACCAGCUUGUUAAAAUCCAUUGCAAGCAACGAUUGGCAUCAAGCUCAUGAUGAUAUUGGUUUCCCCUCCUAUGCUGCCCAACUUGACUGCUCAUUCGAUGCAAGAGCCUCGGAAUUCGGGCCUACUUGUCUGUGGCAGAAAGAUCCACGAGACUCACUCGCUGCAUUCUGGCAACCAGUGACUUCGCUACCUCCAAAAGCUAAAGUUCAAGAUAACAGUCUUCAGACUGACUCGAAAGCCAUUUCAAUUGAACGGCAACUCUCAGACAGUGACAGUAGAAUUCUCUGCUUGAAACAGGGUUCCGCCGGUUCUUCUUCAAUUAAUUCAUCUUCCUCACGGCGCCGUCUUCAACAAAACUCUCCCGAGAUGCGCCAAGCCAAUAAGGCUUCUCAUCGACUUUCCGCUCGACUGUGGAGCCCCGAAAUUGCUAGUUUCGACGUCGCGACGCCUCUUUGCCUUCGUUUUGUCUACACAAUAUUUCCUUCGGUUCAGGCUACCAUUAGUUCCUCAUCUUCCAGUUGGCCGAAUGAAGAUAUCACUUCUAGGGCACUCUAUUCUUUAUCACUUUUAAAGCAUUCGUCUGGUGUUUUUCGAUGUCUUUUUGUGGGUCUUCAGCCGAUUUCUCUAGUAGAAGGGGCAUUCCUACCAUCUUUUCUCUGGCUACUCCAAGUUUUACUAAUCAUUCACUUAGAACACUCAUCACUCCGACCAGCCGAUCAGCCCCGCCUACGAAGCUUGACCAGGACUCUUCGUAACAUUACAAACCGACUUGAUUGCACAUUUGAUCAGGGCUCUUUUUGCCUAUGGAAGGAUGAUCCUCGCGACGUUGGCGCCAGCUGGACUCUGCAGCCAGCUCGAGUAAUUGAUAUCAUUUCUCCUGCUGAUCCAUUCAUUGUCGGCAGAGAUGAUGGGAUGCUUUGUAUGCAACCUCACGAACUGGAGCUGGCUAAUUCUCUAGCCUCUGAGGCUGCUGGGGAAAACGUAGACUCAACAGGACAUUUAUUAGGGGAAUCUUCUUUUGCAGUUGCCCAACCAAUGCAAGAUGAGGGUCAAGAUGUACUGCCUCCUAACCGGCUUUCUGCACGUCUUUGGAGUGGCAAUAUCCAUCAUUUAUCUUCUCCUAGCUGUUUGCGAUUACAUUAUUUCUUGGUUGGUGCCCACAAUUUGCUGUCCAGCGAGAAUCAGCGUAUCCAUGCCUCUCCAGCAGACUGUAACUUUGAUCACGGUCAUUCGUGUCGUUGGGAGCGUGACCCACGUGACGGUGGUAGCCGUUGGAUCGUCACAGAUGAAGGCUUUCCCGUUCCUAUUUCAGACCGCCAAGCUCUGGCCAGCUAUGCUCUCUGUCUGGAGGCCGGAGUCCGAAAUUCUAAAGGGCAAUUAGAUGGUGGAAAUGGAUUUGAAGAGAACGAAGAGGAAGAGAAUAAGUAUGAGGAGGAGGAAGAAUCCACUAAUGAUCUUGAAACGGAAAUCUCAGGACAACUGAAAAAUCCUAGUUCUCAUUCUUUUGUCUCAGCUCGACUCUGGAGCCGAAAUUUUCGUGUGCCCAGAGCUUGUAAAGCACAAAGUCAUGCAUGCGGCGCAAGAUGUUUGAAAUUUGUUUAUCACCUGACUUUGGGGGGCUCAGGUCCUAUGGUAGCAUCCCCUCAGAAUGUGCCCACUCUUGCAAUUCUUCGCCAUUCGUCUGGGUGA